AUGUCGCCCGCUGCUACUACCACCACUAAUAGCAAGGGCCACGAGCCUCGCUUUUCUCUUCCGCCAACAACACCCCUCUCCAGUAAAACGGAACUGGCCAUUGGGGGCCUACGAAUCUAUGUAUAUGGACUCGAUGAGAUUAAUUCAAAUCCAUCACAGAGCUUUCCUGGAGAAAUCGCGGUUUUGUAUAUGGCACAUAACCGGACCAGGACGUAUCGGGUGAUGGAAGACAUGGCCCACGAGAUCCUAUAUCGGUAUCGGACCAACGAGAAAAAGGGCGAAUCAGUCGGUCUGAUCGCUGUGACCAUGAAUAUGAGAAAUCAUGGAGAUCGAGAGGUUGAUUCCCGGGCGAACAAAACUUGGAAAGACGGGAAUGAGAAUCAUGCCAUGGAUCUGAUGUCUAUCAUAUCUGGGUCAGCUCAAGAUUUCAAGCUGGUUUUGGAUUAUCUCCCAGCCUAUCUACCCCAGUUUACUCGAUUUUACAACAUAAUGGCUGGAGUAUCUCUAGGCGGCCAUACGGCUUGGCGCAUUGCUUCCUUGGUCUCCCCAGGUCAAUUCUAUGCGUAUACAAUGGUAGUCGGUUGUCCAAGUCUGUCUACCCUUCUUCUCAGUCGUCUUGGAAUCGACCCAAGCACUGUGAACCAGGAUAACGAAUUUGACUGGGAAAAGCUUCAGCGGCUCAUGGACUCGACUCAGCAGCGCAGAUGGCCUCGUCCUCUAGCGGAGAUUGUGCAUCAGGAGGAUUUGAAAGCGGCCAAUGAGUUCCCCACUGAUGUGCCAUUAUUGCUAUGCAACGGUGUGCAUGAUAAACUUGUGCCGGCCAAAUACACGCGCGCGUGGGUGGAAGCAAGUAAACGGAAUCCGGAACGCGCCAAUCAGGAUAUCAGAUUCUUCGUUCAGGAUAAUACUGGACACAGCUGCACCAAGGAAAUGGUGGCAAUGAUGGCUGAGUGGUUGCGGGACAUACUUCCUUCGGUCUCUCAUCCAAAGGUGUGA